GCUCAGGGAGCACAGAUUAAUGACCGCUCGGUCUUCAUCAGCUGUGAAACAAACAAAAAGGCCCCAAGUCCAGGAUGAACUCUUACUUAGAUUACCCAGUGUGCAACCGGGGAGCAAAUAUUUUCAGUGCCAAGGCCGGAUACCACAAUCUGAACCAUGGAUACGUGUCGUCCAGCUCGUGUGCAACAAGUGAGAGUUACGCACCGGACGGCCGACUAGUUGCCGCAACUCCUGCGCCGAGUCUCCCCCUGCACCACCAGACCCACGUCAACCUGGACCUGCAGUUUGCGGCCACUGGGAGCUCCAUGUACGGGUCAGCCCUGGAGUACGGACACCACCAGUACGGCCUCGCACCCGAGCAGGACCGGAGCUUCCUCCACGCGCAGGUUUCCCCCGUCGGACCACACAUGGCCCCCUACACCGGGGACAGCUGCGGGCCUGGGGCUGCCACCGGCGGCCAGUAUCUACACUUUGGAAACGGGGAUCAGAGACAGCAAGAGUAUCCGGAGAGUGUUUACGCGAGGUUACCGCUCCAGAGUCAGGAGAAGGAUGUGGAGCAAGUGGAGGACACUUCUAAGACAUUCGACUGGAUGAAGGUGAAGAGGAAUCCUCCUAAAACAGCUCUCCUGUCGGAGUUCCCCGGUCAGCACAACGUGAUCCGCACCAACUUCACCACCAAGCAGCUGACGGAGCUGGAGAAGGAGUUCCACUUCAACAAGUACCUGACGCGGGCGCGGAGGGUGGAGGUGGCCGCCGGCCUGGAGCUCAACGAGACGCAGGUGAAGAUCUGGUUUCAGAACCGGAGGAUGAAGCAGAAGAAACGCGAGAAGUCGGCCUGCGUUUCGAUCAAAGCUGCGGCACCUGUGGAGAAGCUCUGCGACACGGACAGCUCUCCGAAGGGAAAAGGGAAAGACUGUGAACCAUGAUGUGACUUUUGAAAAACAAACAAUAUGACUGAAGACCUGAGCAGUUCUCCACUUCUCUCCUUCAGUCUCACCAUUCCAGUACACACUGUGAAACAUGCAUGUGGACUUUGUGAAAUAAACAGGGUAUGUUUGUGUGUCUGCUUAUGCGCUCAUAGUGCAAUGAUUAAUGCUGAAUGUGAUUCUGAAAAAUGUCUUGUCAUCCGUUCUUGUGUUUGUAACCUUCUUAUCAUAAUGUUUGUGUUGGAGUACUGAAGUACUCAGUGUCAUUGUUUGCAUUAUUUAUUUACAGGGUAUUUUCCAACAACUGUGGAAAUGUUUUAGCUUAAUAAAGUUUAUGAAACGAAAAGAGAGUGUUGUAUUUGCUGUUUAUGUAAAAACAAAAUGUUUAGACUGUAAGAAAAAUCCUCCUUAAGUCCAAUCAAACUUUGUAUCUUGAUACAGAAUUUGAAGUAUUC